AUUUUAUCUUGGUAAUUUAUGUUCGGCCAAUUAAUGUAGGGUCGGCCAUCUCUUUCGGCCAUAUUCUUAGGUCGGCCGUUUUUUGGUUCGAUUAGAGGUUGGCCUGUUAUUGACAGCAUCUCAUUCCUUCGUUCUUUCUUGUUUGCAGGUCGGCUCCCGGCAUUUGACUUUAGGUCGGCCAUUGCUUAAUUCGGGAAGAUGGGGAGGAUGUAUCUUCCGAGAGGUGUUCAGCCGCGGACUUUGGAGCGACCAGAUAUGGUUACAAUUCUUCCAAAUGGAUCAAGGCUGCCCUCGCCUCUGGGGAGUAUAGACUCGACGUCUUCUACAGGUUCCGGAUCGCCAUCUUCCUCGGCUGGGACAAGAUCGAGUCUGGGUGGUUCUGCCGCGGAUAUUGAUACUCCUAUGGCGAGCAGGGUGACCGGUUACGUCGGCGAUGCUAGUAGUGAGCUCGUCGUUUUGGCUCGUCCUGACGCAGGGUCCGCGGAGUCUAGGUCUCCCUUACUGUCUUCGGGCGACGAGUUUCCUCGUUCUAAGUCGUCGGCGCAGUCUUUGGAGGAUAUUCGGUAUACUUGUGGGGUUUCCGAUCUAGAGUUUAGAGUUCCUGGUGCGAACGAGCGUCCUUGGACCCCUCCUCCGGGUUGGAUCUGCCUCUACGAGUUUUGGUUCGAGCAUUGUCAGUUAUGGUUUUUGCUGCCGAAGAUUUUGUUGGAUUAUUGCGAGUCUAGGGAGAUUGCAUUGACUCAGCUCUGUCCGGGUGUGAUCCGAAACAUGAUUGGGGCGAUUAUAGUGGCGGAGUCGUGUGGCGUUGAUAUGAGUCUUCGUUUCUUCGAAGAGAUAUCGAGUGUGGUUUGGAAUACCAAAGGGGCUCAGCGAACGGUUGCCGUGAAUCAUUAUCGUGACCUGAAGUCGGAUCUGGCUAGGAUCAGGAAGGAGAGAGACGAUGCCACGGUGUUCAAAAGGAGACGCGUCCUCAACUUGGUUAUUCCAGAGUAUCGCGACAAGGUGGGAAAGUUCGAGCGGUUCAACAAGAGCAACGAGGCGGUUCAUACUGCUGUUUCCGCCUAUACGAUGGCUUCAGGUGUUUUCGACGCAUUUACUUCGUUGGUGAGUGAUAAGACUCUCCUCCCCGAGGGCACGAUGGCCAGGUUGGAAGGCGAGAGGGAUUCUGCCAAGGAGAAGGCGUUGGAGUUGGGGGUUGAAGACAUUCAGGAUAACGACUUCGUGGUGGGUUCGGUUAGCGACUGGAUAGCGCUCUUGACUUCUCCUUCGCCGGUGGAGGCCUCGGCGGAUCAGUACGGGAGUAUGUCGGUGGGCCUUGCUUCCACGGACAUCUCCUCUCUUCGGUCCCCCAGUAUGAAGGGGCCGUAGUUAUUUCUCGUUUAUCGGUGUUGCACCGCUGUCUCCACUUUGUCGUUUUUUUUAUAUUCGCAGACUUGUACUCGCACUUCCAUUUUUUUUUACUUCGUUUGAACCUUGUUGGACUCCUUCUUCGUAUCUUUUGGAUUAUUGGGGUUGAUGAUCCUCUGCCUUAGUCAUUUUAUCGUUAUUUUGCGGUGAUCCCCUUCUGUUAUGCUGAGACCUUGAUGC